UUACCCUGAGCGGGGUGCAGAGGUCGAACCACUCGACCUCGAGACGCAGGGUGACCCUGCCUACGCCACCCGAUCUCGGCAUCGAUCCCGAUCGAACACCAUGGACAAGCAAACGGACACAGUCCCGACAGUCCCGCACGAGCCACCUACCGAGAUCUCCGGCACCUCAGAAGCGCAAUCGCAAUCUCGACAUCAACCUCGAGGUCACACUCGAGCGAGACAAGCGUCAGGACCAAUCCCGAACUCGAUCCAGAAUCGGGCACCGGGAUCGAGGAAGACGAGUGUGACCUUUGCGCCCUUGGUUGAAGAUCUGGUCGAGGGAUCGUACAAGUAUCAGCCGGAUACGGGUACGGGUCAGGAGAAGACGGGUCGAGAUAGACAUCGGGAGCGAGGAGACAGGCCUAGGACUAAAUCCCGACGCGAACCUAGCUCGAAGCGAGAGACAUUCGAUCUUGAGGAAGAAGCUGCCGGGUUGAGGGUAGAUGACAGGUAUGGUUCUCCAGUCCCUCAAUCGCGUUCACGACCAGGACCACAACCGUAUGCGAGUCAGGAGCAUGGCCUGCAUCGAAUCUACGAUCAAGCUCCAGAACUGGAAGAGACGAUCCCAAAUCCUACCCCACGGCCCAGAUUGCGGUAUCCACCUGCCCCACCCUCUUCAACCUUUUCUUACUACGCUCCGAGCGUACAAGGCCUACCUCGAACUCGGAGGAGCGUGUCGGGUCCUGUCUUCUCGCCGACCAGUCCCACUAGCCCCGCCUUCUCCGCAACUUCUUCUGUUCGUUCGUCCGCUUUCCGGGUGGAGAGAGACCGGGAGCCGAUGUAUGCAGCUGGUGAACGGCGAGGUCACGGAUAUGAGCGGAUACGGGAUGGACGCGAGAUUGGUCUGUCUGCGAUGCAGGAGCGUAACCUACGGUCGGGGUCGGCACGUAUCGAAGAAGAACGGGAGGAAGAGCGGCGAGCGAGAUAUCUUUCAGCUGAGCAGGAGGGCGCAGGUCUCGAUCUGAGGUUGGGCAGGGAGAGGAAUGAACAGGAAAUUGCUCCUGAGCGGGACAAUAGCAAGGGCCGGAAGAGUGACCCUGGAAAAGUCUCACUCGAACGCUCUUUGGCGGUCACAAAUCCGAGCGCGCCCAUGGAGACAGGUGGGCAAGCCACUUCAAGGUCCGCUGAAGGUCCCGAGACGGCCAGUGAGAGCAAGGACGAUCGUCCGCCACCGAUCCCGACGAAACCUAAACCUGGUCAAGAUCUUCGACUCUUGUCCUAUCCCGCUCAGACACAAGCUCGAGCGCUGGCCCCGACGUUACCAUCGACGCUGCCUGUCCCGGCUGCGGAAAUAGCGCCGGAAUCUCACAUCAACGCGUCUGUCGUCGAUCAAGUCCUUGCGCAUACCCCUGACGCGGCACCACUUGUCCGCACUGCGAGCGCACCAGCCGUAGUCGAAGAAGCGGCACCUGCAGCGAUCCCGGUGGACACGGCGAGGUUGGAAGAGAUGGAGGACGAGAUUACUUGCCCAAUCUGUAUGUCAAUCAUGGUCGCCGUUCACGCUCUGACGACCUGUGGUCACACGAUGUGCGGUGGAUGCGUUCAAGAGUGGCUUACGGACCACGAUACUUGUCCCAUCUGCCGCACCUCGACGGCGAAACCACCUAUGGUCCCGCUCUUACCGAUGGAUCGGAUGAUCGAACUGUACGUCCGCGCGCAGGGCGAGGAUUGGGAAGGAUUGCAAGGUUGGAAAGAUCGACGGGAAGCGUGGGAGGCGUUAAAGGUCGUCAUCAAGGAGGAGGAAGAGGCGCAGCGACAACAGACCCAGGCGCAGGCGUCGGAAUCUACGGGAGAUGGCGUUCUCGACACGGCUGCCACCGCAAACGCAUCUACAAUUGGGCUAGGUGGAUGGCUGGAUGGAGAGGAAGAGUACCGGUUAAGGGAGGUCGAGUCCUUAAACGACAACCCAUUCUACACGCACUUUUUGCAAGAAGCGUAUAGCCCGCACGCCAACGGCCAGAUGCAGAUGCAGACGUCUCCUUCGACAGCGACAUCGACCAUGGGCUGGACGAGGAAUUUCUCGGUAGGGGAUUUCGAACGUCCGAGGUUCCCUGAACCGGGAGUCAAUCCUUUCAUGGACGCCUUUGGGUAUACGUCGCGACCUGCAUACCCGCCCCGAGCUCACCGCACCUUCUCCUUACCCGGUCUGUCAGGUUCGAUCAUGGGCUCAAGUUCAGUUCCGGGACUAGGAAUGGGGAGGAGAUCGUUCCUGGACGGACCGAGGGGUUGGGUAUCGGACAUGGUCGACUUGGUAGACACGUUCACGCGGCACAACCAGCCUCGCGACCGCCAUCAUCCUCACGAUCCGCAUCGCCAUGGCCAGGGUGUAGGAGAUCUAGAUGGACUGGAAGAGGGCAUGGCGAGGAUGUUUGCCGAGUUGAGACGGGGAGGGAGGUAGGGAUGUUGCCUGUGUGAUUUCUGUAACGAGACAUGAGGUUACUUGCCGUAAUCGGAGUUUCGUGUGUGCUUGCGAAUUUGCUUCCGCUUCGUCCUUGUGCCCGAGGUCGACCGAGCCGUUUGUCGUUUUGAUUGCAAAGUCACCAC